AUGGACAGGAGAAAAAACAGAAUGAAGGCUUCAUGGCUUGAGUUAAGAACUGGGACAGAUCAUUCAGCAAAUGCCAUCAUAGGCAAAACAUUUUUGAAAUUACAGCUCUGCUCCUCCCCCAGUGGUGCAGGCAGACAGGCACUGGGGGCUCUGCUCCGUUCAUCACCCGUUGUUUCUCUGCUGCUCGGGGAGAGGAGUCAUUCCCCUGCUGUGCCAGGGGUCCCUCCUGAGACACUUCUCCAUGAACUUCUGCAGGGUGAGUUCAUCUCACGGACAGCAGCUCUUCACAAACUGCUGCAGUUGCCGCACUCUCCCAUGGGCUCACAAGUCCUGCCAGGACCCUGCUCCAGCGUGGGCUCCUCUCUCCACGGCUUUGCAGGUCCCUGCCAGGUCCCUGCUCCAGCACAGGUUUCUCAUGGGGUCCCAGCCCCUGCUCAGGCACCCCCUGCUCCAGCACGGGCUCCUCCAGGCGCUGCAGGUGCAUCUCUGCUCUCCGGGCCCUCCAUGGGCUGCAGGGGCCCAGCUGCCUCCCCAGGGGCUGCCCAGGGAAUCUCAGGGCAAUCAGCUCCAGCCCCUGGAGCAGCUCCUGCCCCUCCUCCUGCCCUGCCCUGGGGUGUGCAGAGUUGCUCCUCUCACGUGUUCUCACCCUGCUCUUCCCUGCUCACAGUUACACCUACACCAUCACCCAUUUUCCUAAAUCUCUUGCCCCAAAGGUGUUACCGCCAUUUCCAAUUGGCCCAGCCUUGGCCAGCGGCUGGUGCAUCCUGGAGCUGGCUGGAAUUGACUCUGUGGGACACAGAGGAGCAGCUGCUUCCAGCAGCCUCUCACAGAAGGUGCUCCUCGAGCUCCCCUUACCAAAACCUGGCCAUGCAAACCAAGUAUAAGCAUGGUAGGGUUUUUAUUACCAUUAUUAAUUCUUCUUUUUGCUAUUGUCACUAUUAUUGCUAUUAACAUUAUUAUUUUUAUGACUACUAAUAUUUUUAGUAUUUUUGACUCUAUAAGUAGUGGCUAUAGUAGAACUCAAAAGAAAAGUUCUUAAUUGCAAGUAGAAGUUAUAAUUUUGUCAGCCUCUUGCCCUGCCCUGUUCUUUGUCAUUGCUGUGUGUGAAGCUGCUGCUGCCAGGGCUCCCUGUUUCCCUGGUUUGGGAAAUUCCAUGGCAUUGCUCACCUGUCAGAAAGAGAAUGGCUCAUUCCAGUCAAAUGCAUUGCCUGAGCUCUUCUAGUCCCCGUGCUGGAAGCUUGUUUUCUAAGGUUGUUGACUUUCUCAGCUUCUGUUAACGUUUGUGAUUUUAUAACAGAAUGUUCUGGGAUGUGAUUUUGCAAGAUUCUCUAAUCAGAUUUCAGCUUUGCUCUUGGAUUCCUUGAUGGUGUGUGAGAGCUGAAGGCAGCAGUUUGUGUGGGAAGCCUUCAGCGGGAGCUGGGAUUGCCUCAGCAGCAGCUGGCUGUGCCCGUGUGAGCAGAGACACCAGAGAUGCCAUGAACGGAAUGUUGUGCCCGGCGGGAGCCCGCAGUGCCCGGCUGGAGGGAGCUGUGCUGGGAGCUGCAGGUUGUGCCGGGGCCGGGCAGUGGCCGGAGCGAUGGACACUGACCCUGGGCCGGGCAGGGGCUCGGGGCCCUGCGGCGCUGGGCGCUCGGUGCCCGCUCAGAGCGGGGCUGUGCGGGAGCCGGAGCAGCGAGAGAGCCCGGGCCGAGCAUCAGCCCCGGGGCGGGCACGGCUGGGAGGGGGCCCAGCCCGGGGUCCCGCAGAGCCCCCCUGCUCCAGAGCCGCAGCUGCGGCAGCACCGGGGCAGCACCGGCAGCUUUGGGGCACGGAGGAGCCGCGGGCGGGCGUUCCAAGGGCUCCUUCAGGGCAGGAUUUUGUCCCGAUGCGGGGCAAUUCCCGGGGCUGGGCGGGCUGGGGCCGCUGCCGAGCGCCGCCGCCUUUGCCCGGAGCACCCGGGCAGAACUCUCUGCUCGGGGCUCUGAGAAACACGUUCAGUCUCCUGUGAAAAUUCAAAGAGUUUAAUAAAGGACAAGAGGAGACAAGG